AUGCUAUCUAUUUAUAAAGGAUUCUGUCUUUUGACAUCAGUGCUGUGCCUCUUCACAGGAGAAGCAAGUGCUGAUGCGCUAGGAGAUCUUCAGACGAAAGGACGAACAGCCAUCAAUACUCAGCUCGCGAAGUCUACUACAUGUACAGCGGCCAAGCUACAGGUUCGCAAGGAAUGGGGAAAUGUCUCUGUCGCGGAUCGAAAAGCGUACAUCAAGGCUGUCUUGUGUUUGAUGAGUGCACCAUCGAAGUUGCCAGCUGGAAAGUUUCCUGGUGCCCAGAAUCGUUACGAUGAUUUUGUUGUAACGCAUAUGCAACAAACUCUUCAAAUCCAUGGCACGGGGAGCUUUUUCUCUUGGCAUAGAUAUUAUACUUGGGCUUAUGAGCAAGCACUGCGUAAUGAGUGUGGUUACAAUGGAACCCAACCAUACUGGGAUUUUGGCAAGUGGACGGACCCUGAGAAAUCACCAAUCUUUGAUGGUACGGAUACUAGCAUGAGCGGUAAUGGAAAGAAGGUUUCUCAUAAAGCCACCUCGGUCGGCCCGGCCCAGAAUGGUGGCGGUUGUGUUGAGACUGGACCUUUUGCAAAUAUGACCGUUCGACUUGGUCCCGUCUCUCCUAUGGCUGACCCUGCUCCACCAAAGAACCCUAGAUCUGAUGGAUAUGGAAUCAACACGAGAUGUCUUCGUCGUGACAUCGGGCCAUAUCUCGUCUCCAAAGGAUCAACCACUGCUAUGAUGGUAAAUUUGAUCACAAGCAAGACCACUAUUGGCCCUUUCCAAGACACAAUGCAAGGUGGAAAUCCUGGGGUGCACACAUCGGCACACUUCACCAUAGGAUCGGAUCCGGGUGGAGAUUUCUACACAUCGCCCAACGAUCCAGCUUUCUGGUUGUUACAUGGCCAAAUUGAUCGACUAUGGACUAUCUGGCAAAGUCAAGAUCUUCCUAAUCGUAUGCAAGUCAUUGCUGGUGGUACUUCAAUGAUGGGUGGGGGUGCAGCGCAGAAGUUGACUGAUAAUAUCGACAUUUCCAAUGUGGCCAGCAAGGUCUACCAGAUUAAGGAUUUGGUCAGUAUCACUGAUGGGCCGUUCUGUUAUGUUUAUGAGUAA